AUGCCUCGAACCAAAGUUACAGCCCGGCGUCCGAAGCCGUUUCGGCCGGACUCCAAAGUCGGGGUUGAUGACCCGAUUCCGACCGAGGUCGUUCAAUAUAUCCUCGCCAUCCCUUCUUCCUCCGCCGCCGCCGAUGACGCGAACGAAAGCUCUCCGUCGGAGCCACCCCCCAAGCGGCGCAAGGUUGAUGCUCGCCCCGACAUCGCCGUAUCCGUGGCCAAGGAGCAGCUGUCUUUUUCUCGUCCGUGUACGGAAGACACACCGAAGAUCUUCACCAAGACCUUUCACGACGUCGAGGGUUACUUGCGAAUCGGCCUUUCAUUGGGAUACAUGACGACGGGCAGACCGACAAGGGAUGGGACGCUUCAGGGCAGGGGCCUGGCCCUGUCAUCGCCUACGACAUCCCCGAUAGGGAAGCUCGACACGCUGAUAACUCUCAGACCGCGAGAAGCGGCGAAAAAGGCCAUUCGCAUCUUGGAUGCCCCAGGAUACAGCACUAUACAAGCCGAGCCGGGCCGACUGUGGAAGGCGAUGGGUAUCGUAGUCGAGUGCGAUGGAAAAGUGACGACUGUGACGAUAUCCUUGGAGCUGUUUUGGAAUGUGACGUCGUCCUUCUCACAUCUGCGGAGGAUUCUAGACCGCAAGGACAGCCAGGCUGUCAUCGACGUCUUUUACCCUACUGUGGCGCCUUCCAAGGCGUGGUCGCCGAUGGACUUUUACGAUGCGGCGUAUGUACCGUCAAAAGAUGACGGCAGUGCCGCAUCAAUAGAGGUUUCCGGCUUGGAAGCGACGCUAUUUCCCUAUCAGAGGCGUACGCUCAAGUGGCUUCUCGCAAGAGAGGGCAUGGAGUGGGUUGCCGGGGAAUCACGACUUCGACCGCUUUCGACGAAGGCCUCCACACCGAGAAUCGACACUUUCCGGGAUGUUCGCGAUUCAAACGGUGACCCAGUGUUUGUGAGCGAUGUGUUCCAGGCCAUUACACGAGACAAGUCGCCUUACGAGGAAGCGGACAGGGCGAUCAAGGGUGGCAUUUUGGCGGAGGAAAUGGGUCUGGGCAAGACUUUGGAAAUCCUGGGGCUCAUACUCCUCAACGCCCGCAUGGACCUGCCACCCGCGGGAGAGAAUUCUAAGGGGCUCACGCCGAGUCGUGCCACCCUCAUCGUCACGCCGGAAUCGCUGCGACAACAGUGGAUCUCCGAAAUGGCACGCCACGCACCAUCACUGCGCGUCAAGCACUACGAGGGAUGCAAGAAGCUUCAGGGAGAAGAGGCCGACAUUGUGCAGGAGCUAGCAGGGUACGACAUUGUCAUCACCACGUACUCCGUCUUAUCCGCCGAGGUCCAUUUCGCCCAAGAGCCGCCGCAACGUUCCCGGAGAUACGAGCGUGCAUACCCUAGGAUGAUGUCGCCUCUUGUUAAGAUUUGGUGGUGGAGGCUUUGUCUGGACGAAGCGCAGAUGAUUGAGAACGGCUAUAGCCAAGCAGCAAUCGUUGCGCGGGCGCUGCCACGCGUCAACUCUUGGGGCAUCACCGGAACACCCGUCAAGGACGACGUAAAGGACUUGCUUGGCCUUUUGUCCUUCCUAGGCUACCAGCCAUACUGCUCAGCAUCGCACGUCUGGCAAGCCUUGAUCAACAAUCACAAGCCGAUUUUCCAGCAGAUUUUCAGGGCAAUCUCCUUGCGACACACGAAAGCCCUGGUCCGAGACGAAAUCAUGCUCCCGCCUCAGAAGAGAUACGUCAUCAGCAUGCCCUUUACGGCCGUCGAGGAGCAACACUACCAGUCUCUCUUCAAGGAGAUGGCUGAGGAAUGUGGACUCGACCUGGAUGGCGCCCCUAUGGCCGAAGACUGGGACCCGGAGGAGUAUGAAGAUGUGAUGAGGGUGUGGUUGAACCGUCUGCGGCAGACGACGUUGCACCCCGAGGUUGGCGUGUAUAGCCGCCGCCUCCUUGGUUCCAACAGGAACCGCCCGAUGAGGACGGUGGACGAGGUGCUCAACGCCAUGCUCGAGCAGAGCGAAAAUGCUAUUCGAAACGACGAGCGAGCGUAUAUCUCGAGCCGGCUUACGCGAGGCCAGCUGUACGAGAACAGCCCGCGAGUCAAAGUUGCCCUCGAUAUCUGGGAGCAAGUACGAGCGGAGACGGAGAAGCUAGUUUCAGAUGCAAGGGCAAGACUUACGGACGCCAUCCGCGACCAGGGCGGCGAGGAGGCCGUUACAAAGGCAGAAGCCAACGACUUGGACGGCCUGUCGGAAUCAGAAGCUGAGCACGACGAGGGCGAGAACAAAGGACGCAUUGGCGAGUGCCGACGGCGGCUGCGAUCCGCGCUUGAGCUGCACCACAAGGCCGUCUUCUUCUGCGCCAACGCCUACUUUCAAAUCAGAGACAACGCAGAAAUGACUGAGCCAGAGUCAGAAGAGUUCGCCCGGCUCAAGAAACUAGAAGAUGAAGGCUACGACCAAGCCAAGGCCCUUCGUCGGGAGAUACUCCGGGAGAGCAAUCGCAAGGCCACGCGACUCAUGAAUAAGAUCAAGCGCAAAGCCAUGAACCAGCUGUUCACCGAGAUCCCAGAGCUCAUCGUCAAGUCUGAGAAGGGCAUUGAGAGCGGGCGCGUUGUGGAGAGCCUGGAGGUUCUCUACGGCGAGCUGAACAACCAGGCGAAUGUGCUCGACGAGUGGCGGGAGGAAGUUGUCCAGCUGCUUCUCCGGCCACUCGUGGACGAGGAGGACGACGUCGAGACUACAGGGGAGGAGCUCGCAGACUCUGCCAAGUUUCAAGACCUCCUCAUGGUUUACUACCAGACUCUGAGGGCGGCCAUCGCCGACCGCCAGGAUGCCAUUACAGGCCAGACAAACGAGCUCGUCAAGCAUGAGACGGAGACGUCGAUAAGACUCGCCAAAGAAGGCGACGGGCCUGCCCCUGAAAAGCUCCUGGAGAUGCUUGCGAAGCGGGCAGAGGUCAAGCCGGGACGAGCGCAAAAGUCAAUGAGGGCCGCCAUCAGCGACCUUCGUGGCCUGCAGACGAGGCUGACGCGCGAUACGGCGCCGACUGCGCGAGAGGCGGUGGAAGCCCGCAUCGUGGCAGCGCACAUGGCGUCGACACACGCGCAGCUCACGGAACAGAACAAGGCCGCGUCGGCUCUCGAAUCGGAGAUUGAGAGCUUCAAGACGGCCAUGAACACGCGGCUUGAAUACUACCGCCAGCUGCAGGCAGUAUCGGACGCGGUCCUACCGUAUGAAGGCGCCAAGACGGACGAGGCGAUUGCAAAGAUGACCCAAACAGAAGAGGACAUCCGGCGCAAGCUCUCGUCGGCAGAGGCAAAGCACAGAUACCUUCUUAACCUGAAGGAAGCAGGCUCCAAGUCCAACGAGCCGCGCAUGUGCGUCAUCUGCCAGAUGCCCUUCACGACGGGCGUCUUGACCGUCUGCGGGCACCAGUUCUGCAAGGAAUGCAUGACCAUGUGGUUCAAGGCCCACCACAACUGCCCCGUCUGCAAGAGGGGCCUCAAGCCCUCGAACCUCCACGACAUCACCAUCAAGCCGCAGCAGCUGCAGGUCACGAGCGAGCAGUCCGGCGGCAGGGGACCCAGCGGUGGUGGCAAGAACGCCGCCGCCGCCGGGAGCUCGUCGCCUCAGCAGAGGCGGAGCAGCGCCGCCGCAACGCGCAAGUCGGCCAUCUACGCCGAGUUCAACGCCGACCAGCUGGCGGAGAUUAAGAACAUUGACCUGGACGGGCCGUCGUUUACGACAAAGGUCGACACUCUCGUCAGGCACCUCAUGUGGCUGCGCGAGUCGGACCCGGGCGCCAAGUCCAUCGUCUUCUCCCAGUACCGCGACUUCUUGGUGGUGCUGCGCAACGCCUUCCGGCGGUUUCACAUCGGCCACGCGUCCAUCGACGAGCACAACGGCAUCGCCAAGUUCAAGGAGGACCCGGCCGUCGAGGUCUUCCUGCUCCACGCGCGCGCCCACUCCUCCGGGCUCAACCUCGUCAACGCCUCGCACGUCUUCCUCUGCGAGCCGCUCCUCAACACGGCCCUCGAGCUGCAGGCUAUCGCCCGCGUCGACCGCAUCGGCCAGCAGCACGAGACCACCGUAUGGCUGUACCUCGUGUCCGGCACCGUCGAGGAGAGCAUCCACAACCUCUCCGUCCGGCGCCGCAUGGAGCACAUGGGCCACCGCCACCGCCGCCGCCUCUUGGAUCCCCACGACGACGCCGCCACCGCCCAGCACAACAACAACAAGGCCCCCGCACUCCCGGCCACCGACCCGUCAUCCAGGGACGCAACCCCCGACGAGCUCCUCGACGCGAGCAUCGAGGCCGCCAACACGCUCGAGCUCGAGCACGCCGCCCUCUCCAAGCUCAUGAGCAAGGACCGCUCCGCCGGCGAGCUCGUCGACAAGGGCGACCUGUGGGAGUGCCUGUUUGGACAUGUCGCGAGAGCAAGGGACGCCGAGGCCAACAACGGCGGCGGCGCCUCGAGCUCUUCCGGCGACGGACGCGGAAACAGCCGCCAUCAGAGCGACGCCAGGUUUCACGACAAGGCCGUCAUGAGCUACCUGGCCGGCGAGGCGGCUGACCAGCGGCGGCCUUGA